AGAGGAGGAGGAGGGUAUUUCAUUUACAUAGUCACGCGUUCUGGAGGUGUCUCUGGUAUGGGUUUUUCGCUCUCCGCUCACCUCCGAACGGCUGAUUCCGAGACUAAAAUCCGAGCUGUGGCUGCGUUGCUCUCACCCUCCCAUGUUCGCAAGCGAUCGAGUCCUGACCUAUCUUGCGCCCUCCGAAGAGGCCCUCGACUCUACUUUCCGUACAGGAUACACUGGGAUAUGCGGCGUCAACAUCGAGCACCUACUCGACGCUGCCCGUGCUGUUCUUCGGCUUCGCAAGGCAGUCGCUCCCACUGAGAUCCGCAUUCUCGCUCAUGGAGCGUAUAACAAAGUCUUCCUCAUUCGGUUCGAAGCGAGUGCCCUUGUCGCGAGGAUCCCACUCCCUAAACCCCCAGCGGCCCGAGACCCCCUUCGGCUCAAGUCCCAACUCGCGACACUAGAAUACAUGAGCGUACACAGACCAGACGUCCCCAUUCCCCGACUCCUCUCUGCGCAGCUCAGCGGCACCAACCCGGCAGGCGUGCCUUAUACGCUCAUGGAGUUCUGCAAAGGCACGCCGAUCACUCCUCCAGAGUGGCACAAUAUAACAACAGCGCCGGUUCCGUUCAGUGCAAUCGGAAGCAUCGUGGCCGAUAGGACAGACACUUCGCACUGCGUCUCGCAGCACGGAAUUCGCAUCAUACCUAUGAUCCCACAAUAUCCUAACAACUCUACCGAGCUGCUCGAUCCGUCGAUCGAGGCGCGGUGCGGGCCCACUACGCUAGCCGAACAUUGGCACUACGCCCUUGACGCCGCACGUCGUGCCAUGGUCAAGGAAUUUCCCACGGAUGACGAUGACCGACGUACGCUCAUACGGUGCGCUGAUAUCAUACGGGACCUCAUCAAUAUCGCCGCCUCGCUUGACCCAUUGGCCAACUCGACCUCACUCUCCGCCGCGCCUAACCUUGCCCUGAUACACGGCGAUUUUGCGUGCUGGCGCAACGUGCUGUUCUCGGCGGACCGCACACGCAUCGAAGGCAUAGUCGACUGGGAUGAUUCAGUCGUCGUUCCCCGAGAUAUAGCGGCUCGGUAUCCCGAGGAGCUGACAGACAACGCGGGUUGGCAGUUUGACCCCGAGGACAGGUUCGCCAUACCACCUGAUGCCUUGCCCGAGGAUUCGUCUUCGUGGCAGAUAGCACUUGAAAAUACGCAGCUGCGGAAGAGAUUCAGGGACACAGUGCAAAGAUUCGAUCCACAGCUGGCGGCGCUCUACACGGACCCCAAGGCGAGGUUCAGGCGGCGCGUGGAUUAUUUAGCCAUGCACGAUUGGCGAGGCUGGUAUCUAUAUAUCGACUGGAUACUCGAGGAGGCGAUGAAUGAGGCCCAUGCAAUAUUUGAGAACAGGUUGGCGUAGCUCAGACUGGCACAGACACAUCACAAAGUUCGUACUCUGGUCAUGCAUUACUACUACUUAUUAGUAGUAUUGAGUCUGUAUCAAUACGCGAUUCAGCAAGCAUAUACUAGUAGGCGACAUGAUGAAGCUGUCUCACAGAUAGCUCUCUAGUAGCGGUCAAUGCUAUAGGAGUAUAUGUACUCAAAAGGCCCCUGGCCUACUUAUUAGGGC